CGCCCUUGUUCUGCUGUUUUUCUGUCCUCCCAACACAUCAGGAAACACCUGCCUCUGCAUCGGUCCUUUAACUGCUGCCGCUAAGCUGAGAAAUGAAGUGUUUCCCCUCCAGCUUCCAGGUGUGCAGCCUUUGGACACCUUCCGUCUUCUAGGGGACGACAGUGGAGCUCUAGGACUCAACCCGUACACCCCGAGCCACCAAAGGCUGAAGUAGACGUUACUGGAGACUGAGAUCAGCACCAGAAGGAAAGAGUGUGAAGCACUUGAGGCGGAGGUGAAGAAAAAGAAUCAAACAUGUCAGACUUUGGAGAAUGAGCUUCAACAGUUCCUCCAAGAGAACAAACACUUGAACCUCCAGUUUUUCAACAGUAGCCACAAGACAUCCGAGAAUGAGAAGGUGAAGUCUGAGGAUGCCCAGCCCAAAGAGACCCUUGGUGCUGUGACGCAGGAGAGAGAUUUAGCCCUGUGGGAGAGGAACAAGCUCCAAGGCAAACUGGAGAACCUAGAGCAGGUGCUCAAGCAUAUGCGAGAGGCUGCAGAGCGGAGGCAGCAGCUAGAGUUGGAGCAUGAGCAGGCCUUGGCUGUACUCAAUGCAAAGCAGCAGGAGAUUGAAGUUCUUCAGAAGGCUCAGGUUGAGGCAAAAAAGGAACAUGAAGGCGCUGUCCAUCUGUUAGAGAACCACUUGGACAGCAUGCAGGUCAAAGUCCGCGAGCUGGAGGAGAAAUGUCGGUCUCAGAGUGAGCAGUUCAACCUCCUCUCAAAAGAGCUGGAGAAGUUCCGGCUCCAGACGGGGAAGUUUAACAUCCUCGGCGCUGACCCCUUAACUGUUUGUGAAUCUCCUGGGUCGCCCAACAAAACCCUCUCACUGCUCCUCAAUGGACUGGCUUCCCCCAUAGGAAAAGGCAAUGAGGCUCCGACAAGCAGAUCUUUGAUAUCCGAGUUCAUUCGUCCACUGAGUGGAGACAAGCCAGAGCUCCUUUCUGUCAAGCCAACAUUCCUCACUCGCGGUCGAGUCAGCAGCCCAGCACGGGCUUUCCUCCCUGAGAUGGACAAAGAGCUCAGCUCAACCACCAGGUCCAAACCGACAUUCACAGGGAAGGUUCGUCUUUGUCUUGCUCGCUACAGUUACAAUCCUUAUGACGGGCCUAAUGAGAAUCCUGAGGCAGAGCUCCCACUGGUGGCAGGGAAGUAUCUCUACGUUUACGGGACGAUGGAUGAAGAUGGCUUUUAUGAAGGAGAGCUGCUGGAUGGACAACGGGGACUCGUCCCGUCCAAUUUUGUGGAAUCUGUCCAAGACAACGAGACAGUGGCUAAAGAACCUGGCUACCUCAACCACAGUAGCCUGGGGCCUCAGAGACUGACACUUGGCACAGGAACCCGAACAGACAUAAGCAGCCUGCUGUCUGACAGUAAACAAGACUGUUUAAGCACCAGCAGCUUGGGCAUGGACUUCCUGGGCUCCACAAGCAACGGGACGGGAACCUUGGAUGUCAGCACUGACGAGGUCGGUGAAGACAUUGUGCCUUAUCCCCGCCGCAUCAACCUGAUUAAACAACUGGCCAAGAGUGUGAUCAUUAGCUGGGAUCCUCCUGUGGUCCCACCGGGCUGGGGCUCCAUCAGUGGCUACAAUGUCUUGGUGGAUAAGGAGUUGCGCAUGAGUGUCCCCUACGGGGGCAGGACAAAGACUCUUCUUGAAAAGCUCCAUCUUGCCACAAACACCUAUCGUAUCUCAGUGCAGAGCAUCACUGCCCGGGGCCUGUCGGACGACCUCCGGUGCACUCUGCUCGUGGGAAAGGAUGUGAUGGUGGCACCCUACUACCUGCGGGUGGACAGCAUCGCGCAGCUCUCGGCUGAGCUCUCUUGGAUGCCCAGCAACAGCAACUACAGUCACACCAUAUUCCUCAAUGGUGCCGAGUACGACAUGGUCAAGGCAGGCGGCUAUAAGUACAAGUUCUUCAACCUGAAGCCCAUGGCCGUUUACAAGGUGAAGGUGGUGGCACAGCCACAUCAGGUGCCUUGGCAGCUUCCGAUGGAUCAAAGGGAUAAGAGGGAAAUCUCUGUGGAGUUCUGCACUCAGCCUGCAGGGCCCCCUCUCCCUCCCCAGGAGGUGCAGGUCCAGUGUUGUCAGACUCCGGGGAUCCUGCAAGUCAGCUGGACGCCGCCACUUCUGACAUCUUCAGGAACCUCAAACGGGGCCAGUGUGAUUGGCUAUGCCGUGUGCACAAAGGGACAAAAGAUAGCAGAGGUCUUAUACCCCACAGCAGACUAUGUGACCGUGGAGUUAAACAGGAUUCAGGGUCUGGAGGCCAGGGAAGUCAUUGUAAGGACGUUAUCGACACAAGGAGAGUCCCAAGACUCACCCGUGGCCAUCAUCCCGAACAAUCUAUUGGGCUCUCCACACCUCUCCCGACGAACCACUGCACCUUCCCACCAUAUGGCCCACCCACAGCAACCUCAUCCGGUGCACUCACAAAUCCAUCCUCCUUACCCGUCAACGUACCCCCCGAAUCAUCCUCAGCCCCAUGUGCAGCCUCUGCCUCACGUCCAGCCACACACACUGCCCCACGCACAGCCGCACUCACAGCCCGUGUGCCAACCCCCUGCUCACCCUCAGCCUCAUUUCCAGAGCCACGCCAUGCCCAAGUCCGAACCCUUAGUAAGUGCCAGAGAGCCAGAAACCAAAGAGCAUGAGGUGGGACAUCGGACAGCCCAGCUCUGGGAGCGAUCCCCCUCUCCGCUUCCUCCCAUGUGCGGACCAAACCUGGAGCCGCCGCACUUCCAGCCACGGCGAUCGCCCUCUCCUCAGAGGAUCCUGCCCCAGCCUCAGGGAGCCCCCAUCACCAACACCAUCGCCAAGGCCAUGGCCAGGGAAGCUGCCCAGAGGGUGUUUGUCGAGGGCAACAGGGUUGAGAAAAGGAAUAUCUUCAGCGAGGGAGGUAACGCCUUGCAUCCACUCAACUCCGACGAGGAGGAGGAUGGCUACGACUCUCCUCAUGCGAGGAGGAGAGGAGCCUCGGUGGAUGAAUUCCUCAGAGGCUCAGAGUUGGUGGGCAGACAGCACCACCAUCAUCACUACAGCCACAGCGAGGAGUACCAAACAGAGAGCAGCCGGGGCUCGGACCUGUCCGACAUAAUGGAGGAGGAUGAAGAAGAUCUUUACUCAGAGAUGCAGCUGGAGGAGGGGCGUAGACGAAGCAUCAACUCUCACAACACUCUUAAGGCGUAUUACAAGCGCCAGGACUUAGCCGAGGAAAGAGACUGCUGGGAUCUCCAGCGGGAGGUGGUGAAGCAGAAGUCGCUCCGCAGCAAGCGUCUUCACAGCAUCCCCGAGGUGGCUGAGGAAGAGUCGGACUGCGUGGACGGCAUGGGCCAGCGCCUGUGCUUUGAAGAGGGCGGGCGGCCCGGAACGCCACACACUCGGCGAAGGAUGUACCCGCAGGACAACCAUCUCCCCCAAAACAAGAACUCCCGCCCCCUGCAGCGCCAGCGCUCGUCCCCUCGCUUCACCGACAGCCGCUACCACGACAACGCAGACGACCGCAGCCUGGUACGACCCAACCGCCAGAACUCCAAGAGUCCUGACAGUGGUUUAGACUGCGGCAGCGAGGAGGAAGGCUCUCUGGGCCGCGGGUAUCGAGGGUACUACGCUCAUGAGAGCCCCGUGCGGGGGCCCGUUCACAUCAUUCACUGUGAAGGCCCGGUAGAAAGGCGGGCGCUGGCAACGGGCCGUAAAAGAACUCUGACCCGCCAGUGCAGCAUGGAGGAGGAGUUCUCUGCAGCCAAGUCGGUACACACGGGUGACUUUAGGAACAGGGAGCACUUUGGGCCAAGUCGAGGGGCCGAGCCACCAAACUACUCCAGGGAAGGGGCUCUGAGCGAGGGCAGGCUGAACGAGCUGGACAGGGCCUCUUACAGCCCCCACAGGGAGGCUAGGGCCCAGUCUUUGUCCAGGCUCAACCGGGACCAGCCGCUGAUCAUUGGGAACUCACAAUCUUAUGGAAAUGCUGAUCGUCUGGACCACUCGGGGAGGAGGUCGGUUCACAUCGGCAACCCCCCUCAGCAACGGCCAAUCCCAUCCAUUGAGAUCACCAUGGACAGUAACAGUGAGGGGAGUGAGGGGAACCCCUCACCCGUCAAGAAGGAUGUUUACUAUGGCAGUGUAGCUCGGCGCAGGAUAUGGCGAUCUAUGUCCUCAGAGGAUCAAUAUGACGGCUUUGGCGGUCGCAGGCACGGGCGGAGACGGCGCUCCUCGGAUUACCACGAGGAGUCGGAGCCGGAGGAGAUGACCCGUGUGUUCGUGGCCCUGUUUGACUAUGACCCCAUGUCCAUGUCUCCAAACCCUGAUGCUGCUGACGAGGAGCUGCCAUUCAAGGAGGGCCAGAUCAUCAAGAUCUUUGGUCAUAAAGACACAGAUGGCUUCUACAGGGCAGAGGUCCAUGAUCGAGGAGGUCUAAUCCCCUGUAACAUGGUGUCUGAGAUCCAAACAGAGGACUACGACAUGAUGGACCAGCUCCUGAAACAGGGCUUCCUGCCACUCAACACUCCUGUGGAGAAGUUAGUGAACUGUGACCGUUUCAACGAUGGCCGCUCAAUAAAUCGCAGGUCCAGAAAGUCCAAGAGAGAGCGGAACAGGCGGAGCGGCCGUCAACAUCCAAUGUCAACACGGAGAAUGGUGGCUCUGUACGACUACGACCCCCGAGAGAGCUCCCCAAACGUUGACGUAGAGUAUGAGGGCAACAGACUGAAUGAGGAGGCUGAACUGACUUUCUGUGCCGGUGAUGUCAUCACAGUUUUUGGUGAAAUAGAUGAAGAUGGUUUUUAUUAUGGCGAGCUCAAUGGACACAAGGGACUUGUUCCUUCCAACUUUCUAGAAGAAGUGCCUGAUGAUGUAGAGGUUUUUCUCACUGACUCACCAUCUCGAUACCCCCAGGACACUCCUGCGCGGAUAAAGACCAAACGGAAGAAGAGUGUUCAUUUCACACCUUAAAGGCUCUGUUUCCGUCACGUUCCAAUGGAAACACUCGGGUUCCGCCCAGAAGAGCAGGCUCUCCCACUGCAUCCACACAUCCCUGAAGUCCCAUCAGGGCCCCACUGGACAUGUCCUCCUCCACAAAGAAAAGGGGACUGCUCUACAGAAUGGACGACACUAUUGCAAAGACUUGGCGCUGUAAUAUAAUUUCUUUGUAUACUUUGGAGUGUCAUCCACUUCCUUGUAGUGUUUUACAAAAUCUAUCAUGGACAGGUGGCAUUUGUGAGUUUAACAAAUGCUUUAUUCUUGUAAAUCUGUUGUAUACUAGAAUAUUUUUGGUUAAAAGAAUCAACCGCAUAUUUUCAAUAACAUUUCAUAUUGUGAUCGGAUGUGUGUGAGUAUCUUGCCUCAGUCUCCGGCGGAUGUUUUACUGUGGACUCUCCAUUUAGCCCCCGGUCAUGUCGAAUGGCACCGGUUACACCACAUUACAAGCCUGAGCAGUGUCUGUGUCCAUCAUCACAAUGUCAUACAAACAUUGAGGGAUCACGUAAACCUCCAUUUUAAAAUCGGAAGAAAAUGGCUCGAGGGCCACAAGCGUGUUUCUAGCAGCCAGUCAGUUGCAUUGUACGAGGUUUGCGUGCUUUACUUCAGCACAUUCCCUUCUGACCUCUUGGACACAUGCAUUGCGACAGGCUUAGAACAUGGACACUGGAGCAUGCAGUACAUAAACACAGCGUGGCCGACAGGCUUCGCUGUAAACUGACAAAUCGGCAAAGUUAACUUUUACCGCCCUCUCAACAUCUGAGAGGCGAGUGUUCCCCACAAUGUCAGACACCCAAUACAAGCACAUACCGCCUCCAGCGGGCUCUGCAUACAAUCAGGUGGAAUGGAAAUGCCUAGACCCAACCUCCAUGUAUUGGCCUUAUAAUCGCACAAUGGUUUGUACUGAGCCAAGUAAAGCAUGUAGUUCCAUGCCUAAUCAUUUAUCUUGGUACUUCAUGAAAUCUGUAAGCAAAGAUUAAUCCUAAUUUAUGUGCAGGGUAAUGUGUGACUGUGCUAGACUCUAGGACCAGGGCGUACAUAUAACUGUUCAACACCCACAUUCACAUGUCCUUUAUCUUAAGUACUUGAUAUGAAUACUUCAUUCUUAAUUCUCUCAUCGUAGGGAACAGGUGAUUAAAAGGGCAAACAUUGUCUGCAUACCAAUUUUUCUAGGCAGUGAAUCAAGGGAUUUUUUUUUAUGAGUUGUUUUUCAUGCCACACCGAUUGGAUUUUAAACUGACUACUCCAAAGUAGUUAAAUCUGGGACGAGCAUCACCAAAUUAAGUCCCGUUUCUGUACUGCGUUUGAUUCUCAACAUACACUAGAAGACUGAAGGUUUGCACAAUUGUUGACGAUGACACAAGGCUACCUCCAACGCUGCCCCUUGUACCCUCAAACCCAAAAUCUAGUAGGUUCUAAACAUGAUUCAAGCCAAUCCGUCAUUGAAGACUGUUCAGUGCCCGUUUAGUUGGAGCAGAAAACAAGUACAUCAAUAUAUAUCUAGACCUUAAUAGAGUAGAGUAGUGAAUGUAUGAAUUGAAAGCCAAUGUAUUUUCAAAGCUGCCCAAAAUGCUUGUGCAGAUGUCCGUCUGUGUGAAAUGAAACAUUCCACCCCCCCACAGACCAUCGUUUGCCAUUACAUCCUCAUGUAUUUGGUACUUUCUUUAAAAAAUAUAUAUACACACACACGAGUUGAACUAAACUGCCAAAAAAAAGAACGAAAAACAUUCUAAUACUUUCCGUACAAUUCUCGGCCGAAGAGCCACGAUAAACUGAGGUACAACUUUUCCAAUUUAUCAUGUCGUCAGACAUUCUAUUCAUUUUGAGAUUGUUGCUUUUUGUACUGUCCAUUUGUAAAAAUUGUUUAAAAUGUUUAUACUUUUUCAAACUGCCUUUUUUGUAGUUAACUUUAUAAUCAAACAGUGCAAGCUUUCCCCAUGGUGUCUUGAAGACCAUAUUGUUUAAAAGUCUGCAGGUGUGCUAGCUUUAUGAUAAGAUUUAUCAGCCUAUAUUGAUGGUUACAAAUAUUGUGUGGGUGUGCAUGUGCAAUCUUUUCUAUAAAACAAAACUAAAUAAAUUUGA